AUGGAAUCAGAGAGGCUCGCCAGAAAGAUUCUUCUCUUCCAGGAGAACAAGAAGACACAAGUUCCACGGGUGAAAGAAGUGCACUGGGAUCUAGAAAACUGCAGGAUCGCGGCAGAAGUAAUUGUGAACAGGCAGAUCUUUAGGAAAAAGGUUGCAGAGGUCAAGGAUUUCUUCGAGGAGAAAACGAGGAAGAACAGAGUAUUCUCGGCAGAAGAACGUGCUCGACAUAGUGAACGCCUUAUUGUGGCCAAGAUAGAUACGAAGCCCACGCCUACCACACUAGUACAAGUUUAUAUGCCAACUAACACCGCAGAUGACGAAGAGAUUGAUGAAAUGUAUGAUGAGAUAAAAGAAAUUAUUCAGAUAGAGAAGGGAGACGAAAAUAUAAUUGUCAUGGGUGACUGGAAUUCAGUAGUAGGGAAAGGAAGAGAAGGAAACGUAGUAGGUGAAUAUGGACUGGAGGUAAGGAAUGAAAGAGGAAGCCGCCUGGUAGAAUUUGGCACAGAGCAUGGCUCAAUCAUAGCUAACAUUUGGUUCAAGAAUCAUGAAAGAAGGUUGUAUACAUGGAAGAAUCCUGGAGAUACUGGGGCAGAUGUGGACUCUGACCACAAUCUAUUGGUGAUGAACUGUAGAUUAAAACUGAAGAAACUUCAAAGAGAUGGGAAUUUAAGAAGGAGGGGCCUGGAUAAACUGACAGAACCAGAGGUUGUAGACAGUUUCAAGGAGACCAUUAGGGAACGAUUAACAAGAAUGGGGGAAAGAAAUACAGUAGAAGAAGAAUGGGUAACUUUGAGAUAUGAAAUAGCGAAGGCAGCAGAGGAUCAAGUAGAUAAAAAGACGAGGGCUAGUAGAAAUCCUUGGGUAACAGAAGAGAUAUUGAAUUUAAUUGAUGAAAGGAGAAAAAAUAAAAAUGCAGUAAAUGAAUCAGGCAAAAAGGAAGACAAACGUCUCAAAAAUGAGAUCGACAGGAAGUGCAAAAUGGUUAAGCAGGGAUGGCUAGAGGACAAAUGUAAGGAUGUAGAGGCGUAUAACACUAGGGGUAAGAUAGGUACUGCCUACAGGAGAAUUAAAGAGACCUUUGAAGAAAAGAGAACCACUUGCAAGAAUAUCAAGAGCUCAGAUGGAAACCCAGUUCUAAACAAAGAAGGGAAAGCAGAAAGGUGGAAGGAGUAUACACAGGGUCUGUACAAGGGUGAAGUACUUGAGGACAAUAUAAUGGAAAUGGAAGAGGAUGUAGAUGAAGAUGAAAUGGGAGAUAUGAUACUGCGUGAAGAGUUUUACAGAGUACUGAAAGACCUAAGUCGAAACAAGGUCCCGGGAGUAGACAACAUUCCAAUUAAAACUACUGACAGCCUUGGGAGAGCCAGUCCGGACAAAACUCUACCGUCUGGUGAGCAAGAUGUAUGA